UGCGUUCUUGUGUUCUGGGGUUGUUUUGGAUUUUCUGGUUGAUGUUCAUGAGGUCAUUGCUCUUUGAUGUGAAAAAGGUUGAAAUUUGAUAUGAAAGAUUGGGAUUUUAGAAGUUUCUUCAUGGAACUUCUUCGGUUGUUCUGUGUUCUGGUUCUUUGUUUUGCUCUUUGUGUGAAUGGUGUUGAUGUGAAUGUCACCAAAAGGCCCAGGCCUAAAAUUGUGAAUAUUGGAGCUUUCUUCACCUUCAACUCCACCAUUGGAAGGGUUGCUAGUGUCGCCAUACACACAGCACUGGAUGAUGUCAACGCUGAUCCAAGCGUACUCAAGGGUUCCAAGCUCGUUGUUGAUACGCAAGACACUCAAUGCAAUGGCUUUAUGGGCAUUGUGGAAGCGGAUGGUAUUGUUUUCUAUAGCAUUUCAGUUCAUGGAAGCGGACAUUGUGGCUGUUGUUGGUCCGCAGUGUUCCAUGAUAGCUCACACCAUCUCACAUAUUGCCAAUGAGCUCCAAGUCCCUCUUCUUUCUUUCGGUGCAACGGAUCCAGCUCUCUCCACACUUCAAUUCCCCUUCUUCAUUCGCACCACUCAAAGUGAUCUUUUUCAAAUGCAAGCAGUGGCCGAGAUUGUCAGUUAUUACCAAUGGAAAGAAGUGAUUGCAAUCUUUGUUGAUUAUGAAUAUGGCCAAAAUGGUGUGUCUGCUUUAGGUGAUAAACUUGCUGAAAGGCGCUGUAAAAUCUCUUUCAAAGCUGCGUUGCCUCCAGAACCAAACAGGUCCGAUGUCACAGAUUUGUUGAUUAAGGUUGCUUUAAUGGAGUCUCGGGUUCUUGUUCUUCAUGCUAAUCCCACUGUUAGUCUGAUCGUAUUCUCUGUGGCCAAUUAUCUUCAAAUGAUGUCUAAUGGUUAUGUCUGGAUAGCAACAGACUCGCUUACGGCUUUGCUUGAUUCAAGAGCGCCGCUCAGUGCUCAAAUCAUGGAGUCAAUGCAAGGCGUCAUUGCUCUACGCCAACACACAGCAGACUCCAAGAAGAAGAGUGAAUUGGUGGCUAGGUGGAGCGGGUUGGUCAAAAACCAAACUGGUGACAACUUUCACAUCAACUCCUAUGGUUUUUAUGCUUAUGAUACUGUAUGGAUCCUUGCUCGUGCCCUGGAUGCCUUCUUUAAUGAUGGUGGAAUUGUAUCAUUUUCCAAUGAUUCAAGGCUGCGGGAUAUUCAAGAAGGUAACUUGAACCUUCAAGCAAUGAGUGUCUUUGAUGGAGGUAAGCUUUUGCUGGAUAAAAUCAGACAGACUAAUAUGUCUGGUGUGAUUGGUUCAAUUCAGUUUGAUUCAAAUGGAUACCUCAUUCAUCCUGCUUAUGAUAUCAUCAAUGUUGUUGGAACUGGUUUUCGGACGGUUGGUUACUGGUCUAAUUAUUCUGGAUUGUCUAUUGUUCCACCGGAAACACUAUACUCCAAGCCGCCUAAUCGAUCCAGUGUUAAUCAACAACUCCACAGUGUAAUUUGGCCGGGGGAGACAAUCACAAAGCCUCGAGGUUGGGUUUUUCCAAAUAACGGGAAAGAGUUAAGGAUUGGAGUCCCUAAUAGAGCUAGUUACCAAGAAUUCGUUUCAGAAGAACCUCAUACUGGCACUAUAAAAGGUUAUUGCAUAGAUGUGUUUGUUGCUGCAGUCAACUUGCUUCCAUAUCCUGUUCCGCACCGGUUCAUCCCUUUUGGUAAUGGCCAUCAGAAUCCAAGUUAUACAGAGCUUGUGAAUAAGAUUAUAACAAAUGAAUUUGAUGGUGUCGUAGGGGAUAUUGCCAUUGUCACGAAUCGAACUAGGAUUGUUGAUUUUACACAACCGUAUAUUGAGUCUGGGCUUGUUGUAGUAGCCCCGGUUAAGAAGCAACACUCAAGUCCUUGGGCUUUCUUGCGACCGUUUAGUAUAGAGAUGUGGUGUGUCACCGGACUGUUUUUCCUUUUCGUUGGGGUGGUGGUAUGGAUUCUUGAACAUAGGAACAAUGAUGAAUUUCGUGGCCCUCCAAGGAAACAACUUGUUACCAUCUUUUGGUUCAGCUUUUCAACAUUGUUUUUUGCUCAUAGAGAGAACACUGUGAGCACUCUAGGCCGCGCCGUGCUGAUUAUAUGGCUCUUUGUAGUAUUGAUCAUUCAGUCUAGUUACACAGCAAGUUUGACUUCAAUACUCACAGUGCAGCAACUCUCAUCGCCUAUCAAAGGCAUUGACACCUUGAUAGCUAGCGAUGAGCCUAUCGGGUUUCAAGUAGGUUCAUUCGCUGAAAACUACUUGACAGAGGAGCUCAACAUACCAAGAUCCAGGCUCAAAGCUCUUGGUUCCCCUUCUGAAUAUGCCCAUGCCCUUGAACUUGGUCCUAGCAAUGGAGGGGUUGCUGCUGUGGUGGAUGAGCGCCCUUAUGUUGAGGAUUUUCUCUCAACACAAUGCGGAUAUACAAUAGUUGGUUCAGAGUUCACCAAAAGCGGCUGGGGAUUCGCAUUUCCAAGAGACUCUCCAUUAGCCAUUGACAUGUCAACUGCCAUUCUUGCACUAUCAGAGAACGGAGAUCUUCAAAAGAUACACGACAAGUGGUUGACUAGAGGCGCAUGUAGUUCAACAACCGAUGAACUCGACUCAAACCGACUAAAUCUUAGUAGCUUUUGGGGAUUGUUUCUCAUUUGUGGACUUGCAUGCUUUAUUGCUCUCCUUGUCUACUUGGUUCAAAUGGUUAGGCAGUUCAGUCGCCAUUCCGUGGGUGAAGAAAUAUCAUCAUCUUCCGAGCGAGGAAGCACUCGGUCUGGCCGUAGUCUCCACCGGUUCCUCUCAUUUGUCGAUGACAAGGAAGAAGAUGUGAAGAACAGGUCUAGAACUAGACAAUUGCAGAUGUCUGCAGGAAAUGGUUCUGAGUUAGAAAGUUAGUUAAUUUAAAUCACUUAAAAAGAAUAGAAAAGUACCUUGUAUGAUUGCCAUUCUCAUGAUCAAACAAUGAGGUUUCAAGUUUGAACAUGAUAAUUAUAUGUAGUGUAAUUUUUCUGCAAUUUUUAUUGCAAUUUUGCCAAUGUAGCUUAUUUACCCAUGAUCAUGUCUUUCUUAGGGAGUUUUGCUUCAAUGAAAUUCUUGUGUAAAUUAUACUGUGAUUUUUCUGGUUUUUUUUAGGGAGUUAUGUGUUUUUUUAUUA